AUGGCGCAGAGACCCACUACAGAGACUUCCCACGCAAUCCCCAAUUCUACGUUGAUAAAGGAACUUAAGCUCCUUAAGCAUCCCGAAGGAGGUUAUUUCGCGGAGACAGACCGCCAAGUGGACGAAAUACCCUCCCCCUUUGCAAAUGGGGCGUCCCGCUCAUUGGCUACUACUAUAUAUUAUCUCCUUACACCCCACCAGCCGAACGGCGUCUUCCACAUGAACAAAUCUGUUACCAUGCACGUACUUCACCAGGGUCGUGCUGAGUACACCCUCAUCACACCUGGAAGUCCUCCUCGUGUUGAAAAACAGAUCAUGGGUUUUAACAUCUUGGCAGGCGAAGUGCUUCAGCUCCUCGUUCCCUCUGGAGUCUGGAAGAUGUCUCGACUUCUUCCUGCCGAUAUUUCUGCUCCUGAUCCAGAAAGGGUGGGGUGCCUCAUCACAGAGGUUGUCUUCCCUGGCUUUGCCUGGCAGGAUCACGGGUUUUUGACAAAGGAAGGACUCGAUGAGUUAUAUGGCGAUGGUCCUGAGAAGGAACAAUGGGUGCCCUAUGUGAAAACCAAGACCGAUCAGGCUUCUUAA